CAAUGUACAAGUGAAUAUUUUUAAACCUGUAGAAAGAAAAGUUAUUUUAAGACAAAUAAAGAAAACUAUAAGUUUUAUAGUUUAACCAAUAAAAGAAAAGAAGAGCUUAACAAAAAACCUAAAAUAGAGAUUGUUUUAAACCAAAUUUCUACGGUCACAAACACACCACCCAAUAAAAACAUACAAUAAUACAACCACUUCAACCCAGCCAGCCAGCAGCAGCAGCACCUACCCCACCAUCAGCACAACCUACUACCUUCAAAAUACCUUUUAUGGAAGAUAUACCCGGUCGUAUAAUUAUUACUCAUCAUACACUUGUGUUUAUUGUGUUUUUUUUUUAUAAACAAAAGAGAUAAGAAUAACAAAAAUUGAAUAUAAAACAUUAAUAAUAUGCAGAAUAAGAUUUUUCGCUAAAAUUAGCAAUAAUUAUUGUUAAACAAUAUAUUGAACAGCUACUAACUGUUUUAUAAAUAAUAUAUGUUUUAAAGUUGAAGCAAGAAGAAAAAUAAGAAAUUUACGAAUAAAAAAUGUCGGACUUUGUGACACAAGAUAUUGUACACGAACUAUGGAAUGAAAUUGUUAAAAGACAUUGGGCCUAUUUCGAUACCGAAGAAAGUAUAGUAAAGUUAGAGAAACGUAAACAAUUAGAAGAUUGCCUAAAGGAAUUCCUAUGCAUAGUGCAACAUGAUCGUAAAUUCUUUUUACCCGAAACAGCAAAAGUAUUAAAGAAUUCCAUAAGAGAUUUAGAGGAUUUCAGUGCCCAAAAAGCCAUAACGGCGUUCGAGUCGAUAAGUCAAUAUGCAAAUAAUUUAUUUACAAAACCAUGGCGUAAAGAAUUUCGUAUUUUAAAGAUGUAUUCGGGUUUCUAUCAACAUGAAAUCAAAUCGAAUUUAUUAGAUGCUGAAAAACUAUUUGAAGCCAUGGGCUAUCGCCGUUUAUCGGAUGACACCCUUAUCUUGGAUGGACCCAUUUGUCCCGAUCAAGUUACAAAUGUUUCUCGUGACGCUAUGACGGCUUAUGUUGAAUUGCAAAUUAUAAAACACAUUUAUACAGGUCUAGAUACUAUAGGAAUUAAUUGUUCCUGGCUGGACAUUUUUCGUUAUCGUGAAAAAUAUACGGGUGGAGCUUCACAAGCUGUAAAAGCUCUAGCUUAUUCAGUUGAAGAAAAACGUUUUCGUUCUAGACAGAAAGCUUUGGCCGGUGAUAAUUAUGGUUAUAUCGAUGUACAACCGUCAUCGAAUUAUUUCACCUCCACAAAUACACAAUUUUGUCCAGCUCAAUGUCAGUGCAAUCUUUAUCAACAGCAACCACCAGUCUCCAGACAUCGACCAAUGCCUCAGCCAAAUGGCAUGUGUUGUGUACCUGAACAUCAUCAACAGCAACAACAAUCUUCAAGAACUACAUCAAAUUUAGUUUAUAGUAACAUGGCCUAUCCCCCUCAACAUCACUACCAACACAAUCAUCAUCAUGGAGGUAUUUUAAACGAUAGUGGAGGUGUACCUAUGUCACAGAUGUCCCACUCAAGAAGUUUAGAACACUACUCUGAACCAGCCAGUCAUCAUCAUAACAUUUUGCCACAUCGUCAUUCAUUCGAUCAUCAACAACAAGGUUGCACAGGACAACAUCACCAGCAACAGCCACACCAACCACAUCAUUACUAUCAGCAUCUUAAUCAGCAGCAACAACAUUUAUAUGAAACACCUUACGAUUGUAUUGAUGGCAAUUCGAUGGGUGGUGGUAGUAGCACCAUUUCAUAUGCUGCUGUUACCGCUAAUGCUGUAGCUGGAACAGCUACAUCGGGUGUUGUAAGUGGCGGUGGCAGUAAUUGCAAUCUUAACUCCAACUCAACGUAUUCUCAUCCUUAUAAUGUUUCCGGUAAUCGUUUUCCCUUGCCACUAAAUAUUUCAAAUCAAUUAUCAGCUUAUGAUAAUAUUCAAUCCUCCAACUAUGUGGGUCCUCAAGAACCAACGUAUGCCCACAUUGCAGAUCAACACAUGUAUUCCUCAGUCUCGAAAUUACCCCAGAAUUGUAUGUUAAAUUCAGCCGGUUACAAUCAAACGAACCAUAUUCAUGGCGUGCAAAAUCCUUCCUUAGCCAAAGAAUCCCUUCAAAGACAGCGUUCUUAUCAGCCUGAACAACUAAUUAAUUUCGAAGAUCCUUCAAUAAUGCCACCAACCACACCACAACAAUUUGAUCCGCUCAAUCCAUAUCGCCAUGGUUAUGAAUCAUCCAAUCAUAUAAUGGAUAAACGUUACAAUAUGGGCAAUAUUAUGGAAAGUCCCCUUGUUCCGCCUGCCGCUUCGUCUUGCCAGCAGCAACAGCAUUAUGCUACCACCUGCAAACCCACUGUUAUAAAUGACGAUUUUUAUGUGUAUGCUAAACCAACGCCAAGGGAAAAUCGCAAACCUCUACAGAAUGCAAUGAAUGUACGAAAAUCUUCAUACAACUCGGCAGAUCGGGGCGACACAACAGAUAUAAGUUAUGAGUCAGCUAACGAUGAUUUCAUGAAUUUGCCGCCACAAGAGAACGAACGCAGUCACUUGCGUUCUCCUACACAAUUUACAAAGAAUCAAGACGGUGUAGGUUCGUUUGAGUCAUGGAAUUAUGUUUUUCAAAAUUUAGAAAGAUCAGGCUACUCAAAAGAUCUGGGUGAACGGGAAGACUUUUUAGUUAAAUCUUUAGAUUUGGACUCGCUUAAUAUUAAUAACGAUACUUCAACCAGUCAGAGCAGUUCGGCUGAGAAGAGAAGAUCUAAUUAUGCAGGAAAUGAUAAUAAAACUACAAUACAACAGCAGCAACAACAGGUACAGCCACAACAGGAACCUAAACAAAAAAGCAGAACUUUUGAAAAUACAAAAUAUUCAUCGAAAAAUAAUACGAAAAUGGAAAUUACAGCUUCUGCUUCUUCCUCUAUAAACGGUAGCCAAAGGCAGAAAACUUCAAUGGACAAUAAUACAAAGAAAAUAAAAUCGGCCCUUAAACAAACCAAUGAAACCUCAAAAUCCAAUACCAACAACAUUAAUCCAAAUCAUCAUCCCAAUAAAACACAACCAAAAACUAAUGACAAUAAAACACCACCCAAGACAAUGAACAAUAACAAUAAUGACUCUGUAACAAAUACGGCAAAUGGCAGCACACAACGCAAAAAAUCCUCAACGUCAACGACAACAAGAAAAACAACUGCAUCUGUUGGUUCCUCAAGCGCAACCCCUAAUGCAACCCAAAUUAUUGUUUCUAGUCCCUCCGAAUGGAGUUGUAGUUUUUGUACCUUCCUUAAUCCCAAUACAAAGCGUAUUUGUGAAAUGUGCUGUCGCUCUAAAGACUUUAAUUUGGAUUCAUCCACAACUUCUACUGCUGCCGGAGGAGCAGGCACUAGUGUGGCUCACAAUACCCCAACAUGUGCUUAAAAUUGCAUGAGCUAAAGAAAACCUAAAGAAAUUAUUUCAUAAAAACGUACCUGCAUUGGAUGAUUUUCUCUUUUUUUAAGUUUGUUCUGUGGAAAAAAUAAAAUAUUAAGGUUUCCUUAUUCACACUCUUUCACUUCUCAUCAUUAUACAUAUAAUAAUCAAUCUACUUACUACCUUUAUUUUUAAAUAAUUUUUGUUUUGUUUUUUAUUAUUAUUAACUACAAAAGAUCUUAAAGAUCCCAGACUUAGCUAUAUUAUAUCCUAAAAUAAACAAAAAAAUAAAACAUGAAUUUUUUUCAACAAUAUGAAAACAAAAUGGACUGAAGAAUUUAAAACAUGUUAGUUGUACGUGUAUGUUAGUCAAAUUGUAAACAUUUAUUUGUGGCAAUCGUCUUUCUAAUACAACCUAAAUAAUACAUCAAAUUUGAUAAAUAAUUAUAAAAUGCAAAAUAUACUAUAAUCUUACUUGCAUACUUGCAAUUAUGUAUGUAAUACAUAAUACGCUUUAUAAUUACAAAAAAAACAAAAGAAUACUUAAAAUGAAAUAAAACAAUAUUUAAUCACAA